AUGACAACCAUAACAUCGAGAAAACCAUGGGCAGAAAAAAAUACUGAAAAAGAUGUUGUUAAAUUACGUGUUAUUGGAGCUGGUUUACCACGUACAGGUACAACAUCUCUGAAAGCUGCCCUUGAAAUACUUGGAUUUGGUCCUUGUCAUCAUAUGGUUGAUCUAUUUAAAAAACCUAAUCGUACAUUAGAAUUUAUUCCAGCAUAUGAUGGAGAAAAUGUUGAUUUUUAUAAAUUAAUGGAAGGUUAUGGGUCAACUGUCGAUGCUCCAACAUGUGACUUUUAUAGAGAAAUUCAUCAAGCUUAUCCACAAGCAAAAAUUAUUCUUAGUGUACGAGAUAGCGAUGAAAAAUGGUUUGAAAGCUUACAAAAUACAAUUGGUUCAGUAGCUACAGAUAAUUUUUAUUAUUUUGCUGUUUAUCCUUUACGAUUUUUACGUUUACAAAGUAGAAUGGGUUGGAAAUGUUGGAAAAGAUGGACUAGAUAUUAUGAUGGAAUUAAACCAUCAAUGCAUGGUCAACAUAAUAAACGAGUAAUUGAUGAAAAUAAAGAAGGUGAUGUAUUGAUAUUUAAUGUUAAAGAAGGAUGGUUACCACUUUGUAAAUUUUUGGAAGUUGAUAUUCCUCAAGAUAUUCCUUUUCCUAAUAUUAAUGAUACUAAAGAAUUCAAUCGUAAAAUUUUAUUGGGAAAGAUACUUGGAUCAUUGUCUUGGAUCGCUCUUGGCACUUUAUUGAUUCUUUCAAUUUAUAUUAUUAUGAAAAUAUUUAUGACUGAAUAUUAA